AUGAUCAGCACCAUGCAAAGUUUGUCUGGCUCAGUAUCAUCGGUGCUUGGCGACUCUACAAAGGCCAAAUCUGAGGGAAUAAAGAAAGUGACUGACUCACCUUCUUUCCCUGAUGAAACCGAUGGGGACCAUGGUGUGGGCAUCGCUGUUAAUUGUGACCCGGUAAACAUCAUGACUCGGCCUUCCCAUUCAAGCUUGCCGGGAUGUGAUAAUUCACAGACCGAGCUCACUAAUGACUCUCUUAAUACCCUUCGUCUGGGAAGUAUACCGUCCUAUACAAAUGGUUUUAAUCAACAGUUGCCGAAUGUUGUUUGGUCUUUUGAGUAUCAAAUGGGCCUAGAGCCAUAUCCGAAUGCUUUUUUUUUUCCCAGCCAACAAGCCAGCAUUACACUCGGCAAGGUCUGGACGGAAUCUAAUUUUCCAUUCUCGGAUCACAUUCAAGUGCUGCAGAAUUUUAUGCGAAGCAAAUUGGAUCUUAUCAGGCCGUUGUUUGAACCUUCUCCACAGCCUCUCUACCAACAAGUCCUCAUGACGUUGCCCCUGUUUAACAGCAUAACGCGGCCAGACAUCUACCCAUGUACAGCGAAUUUAGACAAGGUCCAUCAGCAAUAUCGACUGACAGAAAUGCAGUUGCAACAGCAGUACCCCCAGAUUGGUUUAUCUUCUGCGAUGCCGUCAGCAGCUAUGUCGGAAUAUAUGGCCGAUCUGGUCAUAGGCGCUCCCGCCGUAACGGCCUAUAUCCGAGUAACCGAUAUGACCGCAAAUAUCUCUUCAACAACCCCGGGGAGUGAGCUGGAUCCUUCCGCUGUCUUUCCUGCUCCGGAUGCCGCCGCUAUUUUCUCAUCUCCCGAAUUUGCUCGGGCCGUCUUCAAGAAGCUUAGUGUCGACCGCGGAAUAUCACACUAUAAGGUCGAUCCUGCCUUCUUCGGCACCUAUCCAGAACUCUACGACCCAAGUGUUGACAUUGCAGCAAAAGGGAUUUCACUCAAGCCGGACGUACAGUGGCGAUUGGCGUAUCCUGAGCCUCUUGAUUCUUCAACGUUUCAGGCAUAUCGCAGCUUCAUGAUUUUCAAUUUCUCAGUGGAUGCUAGUGCGAUUGGAUCCAAUCGGGAUGCGAGACUUGUACAUUGA